AUAUAGGAAAUGUUAGGUAUCCUAAUUUUAGCCGUUGUAUGUUAUUAACCGUAGCCGCAAAUUUAUUAUGCUAUCUGAGUUAGUGUCCAUUCGUGAAAGGUUAAAUAAAUUAAGAGAAGAUAUUGUAAAGUUAGGUCCAGAGAGGCGACGGAAAGAAAUAGGUAGAAAGAAACUAGACGAAUCAAACGAAUUAUAUAAUCGCGCGGCGGAUAUUGUGUCUCAGUUACAGAAGCAAACGGAAAAAUAUAAAAUUUCAGAAUUAGAGUUAGCUAAUAAGCAUAUAAACGAUAUUGCCGACACUUACAGUAGGAUAAAGAUAGCAUUAAAUUAUUUUGAUACAGAAUCUCAAACAGACGGAAAAAUGGCUAAGCCCAGUUUUGAUGUCAAGACGGCCAUCGCCUUGUUGCCCGUCAUGACGGGGCAGGAGGAUACCACUAAACAAUUAAUAGACGGUAUUCUAAUGUACAGUUCCAUUAUUAAUAGCGAAACUCAACAGGUUUUAAUAGACUUCGUCCUAAAAACAAGACUUUCAUCUAGCGCUAAGCUCAGAUUAAAGACGUCAUAUAGUAGCGUAGAAUUACUUGUCACGGAUAUGCGCACAUUUUUACUACCUAAAAAAUCGUCCGAAUCGAUUCAGGCUCAACUAUACAGAGCUAGGCAAGGUAGGAGAACUAUAGAGGCAUUCGGAGCCGAGAUCGAGGAUCUUUUCGUCAACCUGACCAUAUCUCAGGCCGACGGUAACGAUAGCAGGUACGAUAUACUUCGUCCGCUGAACGAGAAAUCAGCCAUUAAACGGUUUGCAGACGGUCUAGCAGACCCAAAAUUAAGCACAAUAAUAUCAUCUAGGCAAUUCACGUCAUUGCCCGAAGCAAUCAGGACGGCCAUUGACGAGCACAGCUCAUCACCACAACAGGAUCAGGUCCUACAUUAUAGACGGGGACAUUCUCGCGACAAGCUUACCACAACAAACUUGCUGGAGCACAAAAUUAACUUAAUAGAAAAUGCAAGCCCAGUAUACGUAAAACCUUACAGGAUACCACAUGCCUUACGCAAAGAACUUCAAACGCAGAUCCAAGAUAUGCUAGAUAACGACAUAAUAGAAGAGACUACUUCCGAGUGGUCCAGCCCAGUUUUGCUUGUUCCUAAAAAGAGUGAUAAGUUAGGAGAAAAGAAAUGGAGAUUGGUUGUCGACUACAGGCAACUAAAUAAUAGAAUACAGGAUGAUAAAUUCCCAUUGCCCAACAUAACAGAAAUAUUAGAUUCCCUAGCAGGUGACUCGUCUAACAAAAAUGCUGGUUUCAACCUGUCAACUGAUAUUUCUACUUGUCUAUUGGGCAACUGA